CCGCUCCCGGGCGGAGGCAGCCGGGCGGGGUAGGUUGCGCGCUCGCCGCGGGCUCGGGCCGCGGCCGCGGCUUUGCAGCAGGCAGCGCGUCGGGCGGGGAGUGGGGCGCCCGGGCCGGGGAGGGGGCCGGGCGCGCCGCGGCCUCCGCGGCCGGCCCAUGCGGGGCAGGGGCCGGUUGCAGGGCCGGGAGCAGCAGCCGGCGCCGAGGGCGGCCGACUAGGACCUGCCCGGCCGGCUGCCCCGCGCCCCGCCUUGCCCCGCAGCCCGGCCGGCCGAGAGGGAUGAGCUGUGCCGCCCAGCUCCUCUCCGUCCUCCCAGUGCCCUGAAGCAGAAAGUUUGGGGGCCGGGGGUUGUCUCUCUUCUCCCUCCUGCAAUGACUGCCCGAGGACUCUUGCUGCCCAGCCUCGACUGUGACCUGUCUUCGCUCCCCAGGUCGAAAUGAACUAUUCCAAGCUAUAACCAAGGCUCCCCCUUCUCGCCCCUCCCUCACCCGCCUUUAAUAAUUUUUUUUUUUUUAAUUCGAGAAAUUGUGGUCUGCCAUCUCCCCUCCUUGUUAAUAAUUUAGACCCCAGGCCUCAUUUCUGAGUAUAAGAGCAGGUGCGGUCUUCCCCAAGACGGCGCGCUGGAAGGACAGAUUCCCCUUGCCGACCCACAUACAACAUGAAGAGGUGCAGAUCGGACGAGCUGCAGCAACAACAGGGCGAGGAGGAUGGAGCUGGGCUGGAAGAUGCCGCUUCCCACCUGCCGGGCGCGGACCCCCGGCCUGGGGAGACCACGGGUGCUAACUCUGCUGGCGGGCCAACUUCAGACGCUGGCGCUGCCGCGGCGCCCAACCCAGGUCCCCGAAGCAAGCCUCCUGAUUUAAAGAAAAUCCAGCAGCUGUCAGAGGGCUCCAUGUUUGGCCACGGUCUGAAGCACCUGUUCCACAGCCGCCGUCGGUCUCGGGAAAGGGAGCACCAGACGUCUCAGGAUUCCCAGCAGCAGCAGCAGCAGCAGCAGCAGGGUAUGUCCGACCAUGACUCCCCAGAUGAGAAGGAGCGCUCUCCGGAGAUGCACCGCGUCUCCUACGCUAUGUCCCUGCACGAUCUGCCUGCCCGGCCCACUGCCUUCAACCGUGUGCUGCAGCAGAUCCGGUCCCGGCCCUCCAUCAAGCGGGGCGCCAGCCUGCACAGCAGCAGUGGGGGUGGCAGCAGCGGGAGCAGCAGCCGGCGCACCAAGAGUAGCUCCCUGGAGCCCCAGCGUGGCAGCCCUCACCUGCUGCGGAAGGCCCCCCAGGACAGCAGCCUGGCCGCCAUCCUGCACCAGCACCAGUGCCGUCCCCGCUCUUCCUCCACCACUGACACUGCUCUGCUGCUGGCCGAUGGCAGCAAUGUGUACCUCCUGGCUGAGGAGGCCGAAGGCAUCGGGGACAAGGUCGACAAGGGAGACCUGGUGGCCCUGAGCCUCCCCGCCGGCCAUGGUGACACUGACGGCCCCAUCAGCCUGGAUGUGCCCGACGGGGCACCGGACCCCCAGCGGACCAAGGCCGCCAUUGACCACCUGCACCAGAAGAUCCUGAAGAUCACCGAGCAGAUCAAGAUCGAGCAGGAGGCUCGCGAUGACAACGUGGCAGAGUACCUGAAACUGGCCAACAACGCAGACAAGCAGCAGGUGUCGCGCAUCAAGCAGGUGUUCGAGAAGAAGAACCAGAAGUCAGCCCAGACCAUCGCCCAGCUGCACAAGAAGCUGGAGCACUACCGCCGGCGCCUGAAGGAGAUUGAGCAGAACGGGCCCUCGCGGCAGCCCAAGGACGUGCUGCGGGACAUGCAGCAGGGGCUGAAGGACGUAGGCGCCAACGUGCGCGCAGGCAUCAGUGGCUUUGGGGGCGGCGUGGUGGAGGGCGUCAAGGGCAGCCUCUCCGGUCUCUCGCAGGCUACCCACACCGCCGUGGUGUCCAAGCCCCGGGAGUUUGCCAGCCUCAUCCGCAACAAGUUUGGCAGUGCUGACAACAUCGCUCACCUGAAGGACCCCCUGGAAGAUGGGCCUUCCGAGGAGGCAGCCCGGGCACUGAGCGGCAGUGCCACACUCGUCUCCAGCCCCAAAUAUGGCAGCGAUGACGAGUGCUCCAGUGCCAGCGCCAGCUCAGCCGGGGCCGGCAGCAACUCGGGGGCUGGGCCCAGCGGAGCACUGGGGAGCCCUAAGUCCAGUGCACUGUAUGGUGCUCCUGGAAACCUGGAUGCUCUGCUGGAAGAGCUACGGGAGAUCAAGGAGGGACAGUCUCACCUGGAGGACUCCAUGGAAGACCUGAAGACUCAGCUGCAGAGGGACUACACCUACAUGACCCAGUGCCUGCAGGAGGAGCGCUACAGGUAUGAGCGGCUGGAGGAGCAGCUCAACGACCUGACUGAGCUUCACCAGAACGAGAUGACGAACCUGAAGCAGGAGCUGGCCAGCAUGGAGGAGAAGGUGGCCUACCAGUCCUAUGAGAGGGCGCGGGACAUCCAGGAGGCCGUGGAGUCCUGCCUGACCCGGGUCACCAAGCUGGAGCUGCAGCAGCAACAGCAGCAGGUGGUGCAGCUGGAGGGCGUGGAGAACGCCAACGCGCGGGCGCUGCUGGGCAAGUUCAUCAACGUGAUCCUGGCGCUCAUGGCCGUGCUGCUGGUGUUCGUGUCCACCGUCGCCAACUUCAUCACACCCCUCAUGAAGACACGCCUGCGCAUCACCAGCACCGCCCUCCUGGUCCUCGUCCUGUUCCUCCUCUGGAAGCACUGGGACUCCCUCACCUACCUCCUGGAGCACGUGUUGCUGCCCAGCUGAGUGGCCAGCCAUGCCGACCCUGUGCUCUCCGGCCCCCAGCUGGCCACACUGCUCCAGGAGGGACCCUUGGACUUCUUCGUGUGUCCAGUUUGGCCUCCUGCCCAAACUGUCCAUUCCAGCAGCUCCUGCCCCCUUCUCUGUACUUGCUUCUGUCUGACACCUUCUCCCUGUUGGCCUGAAAGGAGCUUAGAAUGCAGCCCUGGCUGGAUAUAGUGGGGGCACCUGUGGCCAAGUGGAGCAGAGGUGGACACGGGAUUGGAUUGUUUUGAUUAUUUAUAGUUACACAAGGACUUCUCCCAGCUGACCCUCAGGAUGCCCCGGGUCAGGAAGGCCAUUAAGAAUAAGAGGAGAGGGCUCUGCCUCAACUUUCCUAGGAAAGAGCCCACCUCAGAGAUAGCUACGGUUUCCUCUGGUGGAGAUGGUGAGGAUGAAGGCUGGAGAGUGAGGGAGGAGGAUCUGCUGGCCUCAGAGAACACAGGGAUGGGAGGGUCCCUAGCCUUCAGGCACCUCUAGAGCCAGAAAGCAGGCUCAGAGCAGCUAGUGUGGAGCUCAGCACCCCCAACCCCACCCCUCCUCCCUGUAGAGCUGACUUGUGGCCUCCUUCUGGGGCUGGGCUCUGCAGGCCAGGUGGGUGUGGCUUGUGUUUUCCCUGUUGUUCUUUCUGCCUGUACUGGAUCUGCUAUUUUCAGGGAAAUAGGCCCCAGGGCCCCCCUGAGCCUCACCCUAAGCCCUUAGGCCUCUGAGAGUGCUGUUGGGUUCUAUUUAUUUAUUUAUUUGUUCUUUUGUUCCCUACCCAUGCUCCUAGCGUCUUCCCUGCUGAGCACCGGGAGAGGUCCUGCCCUGUCCUCUCUGAAGCCAGGGCCGUUCCAUUCCAUUUAGCCUCUGGAUCAUCCUGGCUGGGAGAAGUGGGACCAAGCCACCCAGCCCUUCUCUCCCCAAGCAGCCCUACAGCCGGGAUGGGAGGCGUGUGGCCUCUUUUAUCUGUCUAUUUAUUUUGUAAGUGUGUAUUCAUGUGGAGGAGGUUGUUUUAUUUUUUUAAGGCUCUGGAGUGUUGUGUAUGGUUUUUCACAUCCCAGCCUCCCAUGGGCACUUCCAAGAAGAGAGGGGAUUUCUUGGAAAAGGAGAGAGGAAUCCCCUAGAGCAGGGAAAGCAGUGCCUGCCAGCUGUUGUGCACCUUCCUGAGAAAUAAAUAUCCUCUAAAUUUUCAAACCA